AUGGCUGCGAUCAGAUUCGCGCUCGCCAUUUCCUUCGUGAUCCUCACGUUGCUGUCUCGAUCUGCCGGGAGCCUGGCGGAUCAAGCCAUUAGCCACCGACAGCGACGGCAGCAGCCGUCGAGCCACGACGUCUCCUCCUCCGUCCGAGCGAGAAGGAUCGGCACCCGUGUGGUGAAGAAGCUGAGUGGUGGCGGGGGUGUUGGCGGUGGGGGUGGCCGUUCAGGUGGCGGUGGCGGUAGUGGUGGUGGUGGGUUUGGGGGCGGUAGCGGCGGCGGCGGUCGCGGGGGUGGCGGUGGCGGGUGCGGCGGCGGUCCCAUUGGACGGACACCAGGGAGUGUAGUGAGGCCUGUUCCCACCGGGACUGAUGGACCGUCAGCCGUCAGUUCUGGCCCGUCGACGCUCGUCGGCUCCGUCGUGAGUUGCUCUUCAACCCUAAUCUGA